UGGCAGCAAGCUGCAGGUGCCCAAGAACUUGGCACUGCCCACUUCCAUCUUAAGGGGCACAUCUCCCUUCUAGGUGGCACAUUUCAGCCAAAGUCUAAAAUAACUUCAUUAUCAAGAUGUCUGAUGAUUUUGACUGGUUACAGAGCAGCAGGGGCAUGUGCAAGGUCAAUCUCUACAGCCCAACAGGACGGCAAGAGCAGGACCGGAAAGUGAUAUGCUUUGUUGAUGUGUCCACCCUGAAAAUGGAAGAUAAAGAUUUUAAGGAUGCUGCUGGUUCCAGUUCAGGUCAUUUAAGCCUGCAGAAUCUGAAAGAAAAAGAAAUUAUUGUGAUCAAGGAUACUGAGAAGCAACACCAGUCUAAGAUUGAGGGGUCAGUGUGCCUUUUCAGACAAACUCCUGAUCCUAUAAGUGUCUUCAGUUGGCUACUCAAUGAUCUUCAAAAGUACACCUUAGGUUUCCAACAUGCACUGAGCCCCUCAGUCUCUAGCUGUAAACAUAAAAUAGGAGAAACAGAGGGCGGAUUUCACAAACUGACCUCUGGGAACUGCUACAGUGUCUAUGCUGAUCAAAUGAACAUGGAUUUUGCGGCCAACGGACCUCAAAGCCUACACCUGGAAACGACAGCAGCCCAAAAUACCAACAAUAACCAGAGUCCUUCCACCCCGCCAGCCAAAUCUCUUAGCAAUCAAAGGGCAGUUAUCUCCCCUGAUGGAGAAUGUUCUAUGGAUGACUUUUCCUUCUAUGUCAACCGACUAUCUUCUCUGGUGAUCCAGAUGGCCCGUAAGGAAAUCAAAGACAGGUUGGAAGGUGGAAGCAAAUGUCUUCAUCAUUCAAUCUAUCCACCCUGUGGGGACAAAGGGAAAAGCAGCCCUCGCACUGCUCUGAGCCAGGUCGCUUCUGAAAUGGCCCAUGAUGCUGUGGAAGUGACCUCUGCAGAAAUGCGGGGCACUGGGGAGGAGUGUAGGGAUGGUGGCCGAAAAACCUUUCUGCAUAGUGAACUAUCCAACAAGAACAAAUGUGGAGACAGACAGAUGUCCCAAAGAGACAGCAAAGAAUUUGCAGAUUCGAUCAGCAAAGGACUCAUGGUUUAUGCAAAUCAAGUGGCAUAUGACAUGAUGGUCUCUGUGAUGAAGACCUUGAAAGUUCAUAGCUCUGGGAAGCCAAUUCCAGCUUGUGUGGUCCUGAAGAGGGUGCUGUUAAAACACACCAAGGAAAUUGUGUCUGAUUUGAUUGACUCCUGCAUGAAGAACUUACAUAACAUCACUGGAGUGCUGAUGACCGACUCAGACUUUGUUUCAGCUUUCAAGAGGAAUCUGUUCAACCAUGGAAAACAAAACGCUGCUGUUAUCAUGGAGGCUAUGCUGAAGCGUUUGAUCUGUGCUCUUCUUGGGGAAAAAAGGGAAACUAAGUCUCCGUGUGUGUCAUAUGCAUCCUUGAAAACUGGCUCCCAUGAUCCCAAGUGCAAGAACCAAAGUCUCGAAUUCUCAGCUAUGAAGGCCGAGAUGAAGGGGAAGGACAAAGGCAAAAUGAAACCAGAGGACUGCAAGACAUUGACCAACGCUGAGAAAGUCAGUGAACAUAUCCUCAAGGAGAGCCUGACAAUGUGGAACCAAAAGCAAGGCAGUCCAGGGAAGGUGGCUGGCAAAACAUGCGCCAAUAAGGAGGCAAAGAAAGAGAUCAGCGCUUCCACAGAGUCACUGGCAAAGGACUUGAUUGUCUCCGCCCUUAUGCUGAUCCAGUACCACCUGACCCAGCAGGCCAAGGGCAAAGAUGCAUUUGAAGACGGCUGUCCAGGUUCUACCACAAGCUAUACGACUCAGAAUGCCCAAUACGAAAAGUGCAGAGGUAGCCAAAGUGCCAAGGCACUUUCAAUGGAACAUCUAGAAUCUCGUGGAGCACCUGGACCAUCCACCUCUGCAAGGGACAAUCAACCCACGGACUCCCAGAAGCUGGAUAUGUCAAACAUCACUCUAUCACUGAUUCAAAAACUGCUUAGUGAGAGCCCCUUCAAUUGUGAAGAUCUAUGUGAAAGUGAGAACAAACGUUCUGAGCCCAAGACAAACAAAGGAGCCUCCGUGUCCAAGAAGCCUAAGAGAGGGGAAGAACAAUGCCAGGACAAUCGAGAAUUUGACUUUAUCAGUGGGAUGAAGCAAAUGAGCCAACAAUUUGUAGAUCAACUGGUAGAAUCUGUGAUGAAGCUGUGUCUUAUCAUGGCUAAGUAUAGUAACAACGGGGCAGCCCUCGCUGAGUUGGAAGAACAAGCAGCCUUGGCCAACAACCCCAAUUACCAGGCCAGCAGCCCCAGAUGUAGUCAUGAAGCUGGGAUGUCACAGAACUAUCAAGACUCUCCUGGACUUGAAGUCAUUGUCAAUAAUCAGUGCUCAACAAGUAGCUUGCAAAAGCAGCUCCAGGCUGUCCUGCAGUGGAUUGCAGCCUCACAAUUUAACAUACCCAUGCUCUACUUCAUGGGAGAUGAUGAUGGACAACUGGAGAAGCUUCCUGAAGUUUCAGCCAAGGCAGCAGAGAAGGGAUAUAGUGCAGGAGAUCUUCUUCAAGAGGUCAUGAAGUUCGCCAAGGAACAACAACUGGAUGAAGCCAUGGGAAACAUGGCUAGAAAACAACUGCUAGACUGGCUGCUCACUAACCUGUGAGCCAACAGUGCCUUCGCCUCCUCUCCAUUUACUCCCGGCCCCCAGCAGCAUUCUGUCCCAGCUGGAGCACCCCCUACCAUCAGGCCAGUGAACUGCAUGCCACAUGAUUGUAUUUCCCAAUACAUCUGAGCAGUUGCACUGUGCAAAUACAGGGUGUCCAACAAGCUGGGCAAAAACAUGAAUAAAAAAAAUUUAAAAAUG